ACCACCUGUUAAGCAACCUAAAAGCAACCUUCAAGAAGAAUGCAAGCAAGCUGGAUAAACCAUUCUUCGCUGCAGCCAGAGCAUACACAGAGAGGAAAUUUGAAUACCAUAUGAGCGAGUUGGACAGCUUGGACAUCCGUGUAAGACCAUAUUUACAACAAGUUGGAUACCACAAAUGGUCAAGAUACCACUGCAAAAACAACAGGUAUUCAACUAUGACUUCAAACAUUGCUGAAUCUCUAAAUGCAGCAAACUUGGCAGCUAGAGAGCUACCAAUCACAACACUGAUGGAGUCAUUGAGAGCAUUGAUUCAACAAUGGACAUACACAAACAGGAAAAAAGCACAGAAAACAACAACAUUUUUAACACCUACAGCAGAAAAGAAAUUAGUCGACAACUUUGUGGAAUCAUUGACAGAAAAUGUAAAACCAAUAAACGAGACCAUGUUCGAAGUCAUUGAACUAACCAGAUCAUGGGUCAUCAACCUGAAGGAGAAAACAUGCAGUUGCAACAGAUUCCAACUUGAUGAGUUACCGUGUGCUCAUGCGCUUGCUGUUGAUCUGUGA